CGCUUCGGGUUCGGUACAGCUCCGCGGAGCUCCCGCUGCCCCCGAAGCGCUGCCCGUGCCGGGCUGCGGGGCCGCCGGGAGCAGCGACACCCCCGCGCCCGGGCGCACUGGGACGGUCCCGUUGCCAUGGCGGCAGCGUCUUGAGGGCGGGAGGAAGGAGGAAGCAUGGCCGCUCUGGCCCGGCUUCAGGAGAGGCUGGAGGGACUCCGGGAGGAGUAUUUCCUUACGAACAGAGCUAUAGAUGAAGACAGAAAAACAAAGUACAAAGCUGCUGUCAAAAUCCAGCGCUGGUUUCGAGCAUGCAGGGUCCGAGCCUAUCUGAGACAUCUGAGCAGAAUGGUGAUUUUGAUACAGAAGUGGUGGAGAGGAUAUCUAAGAAGAAAAAACUUCAGAGAAAUAGUGGAGAGAGCAUAUUUUAUUAAGAAGCUGAAAUUCUACAAUGAAAUGGCUGUCAGGAUCCAGAAAAUAUGGCGAGGCUAUUAUGUUCGGAAGUAUAUCCAUAAUUUUUAUGUACUGAAGAAAUACCUGAAAGCUGUUUCUGUGAAUAACGAGCUUGUCAGGAGUGAACUUCAAGAGUAUGCAGAAAUGAAGGAAAAUGAAAAGAAAAUGAAAGACCUAGAAAAGAAGGAAAAGGAAAAGAAAUACCAAGCCCGAAAGAUGCAUUACCUCCUUAGCACUGAGCAGAUUCCAGGCAUCUACAAUUCGCCAUUCAAAAAAUCCCCAGAUCCAAUAGAACUGCUGCUACGGAAGUCAAAGCCACUGACCCACAGAAAGCAGCAAGUGAAGAGUCCCUUUGCUGAGCUCUAUGACUGGCCAACAUGUAAAAAGCCUCCAGCUUUUGUCACAGCACUGCCUCUGCUACCUGCUGACAGACAAAAACCUCAGGGGCCUUUCCGCAAUCCUGCUGAAGUGUUGCAGCAGCGCUACAAGCCUUUGGAACCAACCCUGCGAGUGAGAGAAUCAAUGUAUUCACCACCAGCCAAGGCCAAAGAGGCAGCACAAAGGGAGGAAUGGAGAAAUCCCUUACAUGACAAUGAAUUUCUGCCAUUUUCAUCAUAUCAUAAAAAUGAUGAGAAGUAUGAGCCAUCACUUUGUAAGUCAGGCAAAUAUGGACAAGAAGCCUAUGGAACUAAAUAUUUCAGAGAAGUAUAUCCUAAGAAGUGGAUAGCAGACAAGGACUUUGAAACAAUGUUUUCAUCGAUUGUUCUCUUCGAAAAGUUUGGAAAAACUUAUUCCAGCACUGGACAAAUAGUGUAAAUGUCCUGAAAACUACAAACUAUAAGACUAUGAAAAGUAGUCAAUAAAUUUAUUACAGCAAAUACACAGCAGCAUGGUGACUGAAUGUCUCAAAAAAUACUCUUUGUGUGAUGUAUACUUUUUCUGAAGUAAUUUUAAUUGAUUUUGCUUGAAAUUUAGGCAAUAUGGCUUCCAAGAUUUAUAAAAAUUAAUUUUUUUAAAAAAAGUAUUAUCUUAAGGAAAUUAUUUCUGCAAAUGCUGUACUUCGUUUAGUAUAAAUAAUUUGGGAUGCAAAAUCAGAGUGAUCAAAUAAAAUACUUGGAACCACAUUUAUUUAUUACGUUUGUAAGUGAGGUUAACACUAAAAAGAAAAUAGUGUAAAAUUUAUCUGUCUUUUCUUUCCUCACAACUAUAAAUGUAUCUGGUCCAUCACUGUUGUUCUUCAUCUUCAGUGUUAGUAUCCUUGACUGAUCCAUGACUUCAGAAGUGCAGAAUAGGCAUUUACGUAGAAAAUAUUAUUUAAAAGCCUGUUAGUAAUUCUGUGGGUGAAGGAACUUAAGCUUUGAAAAGGUAAAGUUCUGAAAACAUAGAUACCUUUAUUACUAGGUCAAUUUCUCUAAUUCUAUUUAAUUUUCUUUAUCAGUACGUGCACAUUUACUCCUAUCCCAUAUGCCUUGAGUACAAAAUAGUAUGAUGCUUGGUCAGAAGAACACACUUGAUGACACAAAACUGAUGCUUAUUUCCUCUGUCCAUUAGCAAGCAGUCCUACAAAAUAUUGAGUAUCCUCAGAGCCCAUCCACUUCACAAGUCUCAGAGAAUUCAGCAUCAUGGGCAGAUCUCAGCAUAUCUAAAGAUCAAAUUAUAAGCUGGUUCUUAAAAUCAUGUGAGAGAAUCUUUACAGGAAUUUAAUGCUGAAUUUUCUAUGAUACCAUAUUUGCUUUUUAUAUAGUUUGACUAUAUUUGAAGCAAAUAUGUCUGUUCAUCUCUUACUCAGUAGUAAGCUUUUUUAUUACUAGUUGUUUGUUUUUUUUAAAUGUGAUUCUUCUGGCCUCUAAAAAUGUGAAGAAAACCUCAAUGUCUGUUUGUAUGAAUAUUUUUCUGAACCUGGUCUAGUGGAAGAUGUGCCUGCUUAUGGUGUGGAGGUUGGAACGGGAUGAUCUUUAAGGUAUCUUGCAAUGCCAGCCACUCUGAUUCUAUGAACUAAGAGUCACAAAUUUCCCUUCUAUAGGUUUUCAUCUCUCAGCCUAUGUGAAAAGGUUUUACUGCUACCACACACCAGAGUAAAAGUCCUUCCAAUUCUAUUCCAGCAGGUUGCAAGAGCUGUACCAGUAUCACUUUUUGGAGUUUGUUAUUUUCAAGCGUUAAAAAGUUUAUUUCUGUUAUGAGAAAUUAAGUCUGGGAAGCAGGAAGCAGCCACCCCAGUGGCUGAGUUUCCUGGGUAAGAUUUAAUCUGAUCCAAUGUAUCAGAGUGCUUUAGUUGUCCCUGGAAGGGACUGAACACUUCAAUGAGACACUUGUGCAAAACUGUUGAUGAAUAAAGAUGGCACAGUAAUUUUUAUAUGUGAGAGCUAUCUAUUUGAUUGCUUCAGCUUUCAAGUAGUUCAUCACAGUAAUUCACCCUGUGUUGCCUCUUUAACUUCCUACUGCAGUUUCCCAUCAGUCCGAUUAGAAAUGGCAAUGCCUUUAUCAGAUUAAUCUUUCUUUCUCUUUCUUCCUUUCAGUAUCUCUGACCCCAGGACAAAACAAAGCCUCCCACACAGCCUGUACUGCAGGGUGGUGGUGCACGUGGCUGAGGGACCAGAGCACAGGGGGAGAUUAAACCCAACACUUCCAGUUGGAAUUGUUUGAUACACACACACACACACCUUUCCUCAUCUUACUAUAAAAAACCCAAAGCUUUUCUAUUUCUGAGCAGAUAACCAGAAACAUUCUUACACAAAACCAGGUAUGUUUACUUUAUUAGAUAAAUAAACACCCACAAAACUAAUAAAGUAGCAAACGUAGUACCUGUGGGGUUUGGAUUUUGGGCAUCUUUUGCAAAUUGUAUUUCACAGGGAAUCCAAUUUUCUUUAUCUGGAGUUCAAACAGAAUUUGUCAUUCAUGGGCCUAUAGCAUCCAAAUUAUUUUGUGUGGCUACAGUAUAACCCCAGAACCCUUUUAUUUCUCAUCAAAUACAUUCAGCACUCACAUUUACACAAACCACUUGAUAAUUAUUCUAGAGGGACUAUUUUGCUUAAAUAGAAAUGUUUGCAUGUCGCAAACUUAGAGUUUUAACUAAAGUCAGUUAAAGAUAAAAUUUUUACGUUUCUGUUCACUGCAGUAAUAUAAUGAACAAGACAGGAAGAAAUUUGAUGGUAUCAUUGUGUAACCAACUGUCAGUAUAAAUACUGAUUGUGUGAGUGGUUUUACUUUACUCCUGUGUAACUUUCUUCCUGAUAUAGUUUAUUCUUCUGGUUUAAUUACCAAACUGCUUUUUCUAAUAUAUUUUUCCAGUAUAUUGUAUUUUUAACAUAUUAUAUAUUCUGUGUUUUCUUUAUUAAUAAAAUUGUUGGUUUAUAACAUG